AAAGUGUGUAAUUCUGUACACUUAGCGUAAGUGUGAACGAAUGAGAAAGGGCUUUGGUUAAAUUCGUCGUAUAUAUUACGGGUUUUGAAGGCAAAGGAAAAUAGCUAGUUAGAUACUAACCCGUCCACCAUACUUUGGUAAUUGCUGUUCAUUCUGAAUUAAUAAGUAUAAUUAAUUUGUGUAUUUAUGUGCAGCUAUUACAACAAACAUAUGUUUAUAAUAGUUAGCUUCGUAUGUGAAUGGAGUCUUGAACCAGUACCUCCUAGCCAGGUAGCUAAGCUAGCUAGCUAACAUUUUUUUCUCCAAUCGUGGGUGUAACAACAAGGCACAAAUACUUGAACCCCAGAUUUAAAGGCAUUGCAAAAUAUUUUCUCCAAGGGAAAUGAGUAAAAGAGAAGGUGAUGGGGGCGGCAGAAAACGGAAGACAGAGUCAGUACAGAAAACAGAUUAUUCUAUAAAUACGUCUUCUCUUCUGAUUGCCGCAUUCAAAGUGUUUCAACAAGAACUCGACACCAAACAUGACAAAUAUGAGCGCCUGGUCAAAUUGAGUCGAGACAUCACGAUUGAGAGCAAAAGAACAAUAUUCUUGCUGCACAGAGUGACAAGUGUACCCAAUGUGGAAGAGGUGUUGAAUGAGGCAGAUGUCAAACUGGAUGCUGUGAGGCAGAAGGUUGGUCAAAUAGCUGAGGAGCUCAGAGGAGAAGAUCUCUACCAGUUCCACAAAGCAUUCACAUCAGGGGUUCAGGAAUAUGUAGAGGCUGUGUCCUUCCAUCAUUUCAUCAAACAUCGCACUCUGAUCAGUUUAGAGGAGAUCAAUGCACGCCUUGUAUUCAUGAGACAUGAGAAGAUGGACACAAAGGUAGGUGCUGAGGUUUUGUGGCCAGGCACCUGUGUCUUGACCUUCCAGGUCACACACACUGAUUAUCUGCUGGGUGUGGCAGAUCUGACGGGUGAGCUGAUGCGUAUGUGCAUCAGCAGUGUCGGAAAUGGUGAUAUGGACACGCCCUUUGAGCUUAGCAACUUCUUGCGGGAGAUUCACGAUGGGUUCUCUUAUAUUGGUAACACAGGUCCAUAUGAAGUGUCCAAAAAGCUUCAUACUCUCCGACAGAGUCUUAGCAAGGUUGAAGAUGCUUGCUAUACACUUAAAGUGCGUGGUUCAGAGAUCCCCAAACACAUGCUUGCUGAUGUUUUCUCCAGCAGGACAGCACUGAUGGACCAAGAUGAAGGAGUGCCUUAAAGAAGUUAAGGUAGUUAGGCAUUUGCUUUUCAAAUAUGCAUAUGGAUUUUCUUGUUUUGUUUUUUGUUUUGAGAUUGCUCUGACAUGAAUGUGUUUAGGUCUCUUCAAGCAUUGUUUACUUUAAAGUUCCUUAACUGUAGCAUGAAUUUAUUCUGAAUUGCUUCUUUCUUGUGUCCUACCAAUGCAUAAUCAGCUUUUCUCUGCUUACCAACUCCGCUGUCCCACUAUGCCUCAAAGUUGGAAGUAAUUUACCACAAUUUUUUUUGAAAGUGGUUUCAAAUAUGUUAAUAAACUGUACUUGGUUAUUA